AUGCGUCGGUCUGUAUUGUUAUGUGCACGAGCAACGCCGCUCUCUCGCCAUGCUUUGACAUUGGCGCUGCACGACACCCCAGGGUGGCACACUGACAACAACAACGACAACAUGAUCUGCCGUGACUUUGCGUUCCAUGAUUUCAGGCAGGCGAUGACUUUCAUGAAUGCCGCUGCUGCUGAGUGCGAAGCGAUGGGGCAUCACCCGUGCUGGACCAACACAUACAACAAGCUCCAUGUGGAGCUUACAACACACGACGCCGGUAACCGCGUGACGCAGAAGGACAUUGAUUUGGCGCGGCGAAUGAACGAAGUCUUCAGAGGAAUUAUUGAUCGCUAG